AUGGAUUCGCACAAGUGUGAGGAUACAGAGUCUUUUAUCAUUAUAACUGUAACGCGGUUAAAGCCAUUAUUUUCACCUGGUGUGCGCGCUUAUCAAGUAAUAAGAAAAAUGGCAAUGGCACUGGAGCCGGUUUGUGAUAAAAAGUCAACGAGAUGUCUAAAAAUCCCGCUCAAGUCUACGGAACAAAUUUACCUUGUAUUUUUAAUACCGACGAUAGUCAGCUGCUGUAUUUACAUGAUAAACUUCUCGAGUGACCUGGUGGUGGCGAUUCAGCAUUUCCGGGAAAAUAACCAAAUAUGGGGUGGCUUGACCAUCGGGUUGAUGUAUGCUCCCGCGGUGGCUUAUUUCGUGCUAACAGUCUCCAGACCCGACUGGUGGAUGACUGAGGACCAAAAAGUCACCAAGGGUGUGAUUGCCUGGUUCUUUAUUCAGCUGUGUCAGCUUGUUGCUUUUCCAUUUUUUGCUUUAUACAGAUUCGCUGGUCAAAUAGUUGUGAUAAUAGAUGCAAUAUUAUUGAGCGGUGAUGAAAGAAAUAAAUCAUUGAGUGUUGCUGCUACACCAGCGGCUAUUGAAUUGUAUUUUUUUUUACAAUCGUGGUUUCAAGCUGCACCUCAAGCUAUUUUUCAGAUCCAUUUACUAUUAAGGGAGCGUUAUACUGAUCGUACAUAUCAGUCAAUUGUCGUUCAAGUACUCUGUAUUUUUAUGUCAAUUGUUGUAUUGGCAGUCCAAACUGCAUCGUUUCAAAGAUUUGAAAGUCAAAGAGCUAAUGGUCGUCGAUUACCAUGGGCAAUGUGGUUGAAAAAAUAUCGAUUACAGGAACUUGGAAAUUUGGAUGAAAACAAACCAUUAAAACCACCACCAUCACAAAACCAGGAUAUAAAUUUGAACCUUUCAGCAUUACCAUCAAAACCAUCAACAAUCCAGGAGACUGAAUUGACUCGCGUGACCCUGGAGCGUCAGAUAUCAUCAACACCACCAUUACCACCAAAAAAUGCUCAAAUAAUCCCACCACCAGCCCCGCUGAGAGGAAUAACCAGCGUGACACCUCUGCCGGUUCCAGAAAUGCAAGCACCACCUCGUCCUGACUCAGUAAUCCGGGAGUCUUUGGAAGCCGAGACAGCCGCCGAAGACCCUGGAAAAUCCACCGAGAGGAUAGUCAACGACGAGUCGAGUCCUCAAGCGCCGAGUCGCUGGCGCAGUUUACGCCUUCCUCGUCGCAUCGACUCAAUAAAAAUCGUCGAGGAAGACGAUCCGGUGGGAAAAUUUGUGGCAUUUAUCUGGUGGUUCUUCUUCAUUCUUGCUCGUGUAUUCGCAAUAGCUCUGUUCUACGAGUUUUACCCUAUCUGGCUUGCGGGAGUUAUCGCGGUACACUACGCGGUAAUGCUCAGCUAUUUAUUUUAUUACGCAAAAGACUUCAACAUCACAACGUUUAUUGUUAAUCUGUGGCUCGGCUCAGUUUAUAUAGUCAGUAUUAUCGAGUACCGCAUCAAGUUCAAGUAUGCCGACAAGUGGCUGCUAUUUUAUCACAUAUUUGUUAUUUUGCAAAACACAGUAAUGACCGUGACUUGGUUCACCCUCGAAGACUGGGACAGUUUCUGGUACACUUAUAUGUUUUACGCUAUUUUUAUCAGCAUGGGUCUUUGCAUUCUAUCAGUUGGUGUAUAUCAUGCCAUUCUGAAACCAAAACAACGCCGUAUUUACGCUAGUUAA